AUGGGAAUGGCUUAUACCAGGGACAUGGACGAUACUUAUGCGUGGUUGGUUAAUGUGAAGGAGGAGGCGUCUGAGCGUUUCGAUGUGCCUCUGGAUGAUUGUCAGAGAAUUGGGAAGAGAGAACAAGAGACUGGGCACUCAACGAGCACAGUGACGAACUCCGAAAACGGGUUUCAGUUGUUUUGUGGGAAAAAAGGGAAAGGGGGGAGUCCUCUGGAAUCAGGAAAAGAGGUAGAACUAGAUUCAAGUUCAGCCUCUGCCGUUAAAGUCGCCAAAGAGGACAGGAUAACGACCGUGCCAAAGCUAAAAGUGCCGUUUCAUAUACCAACUAUAAGGAGGCCUCAAGAUGAGUAUAACAUAAUGGUUAAUAAUUCGAACCAACCUUUUGAGCAUGUCUGGUUGCAGAGGAGUGAUGAUGGUCAGAAGUUUAUUCAUCCUCUGGAGAAACUCUCUGCCUUGGAUUUCGUUGAUAAAGAUUGUGGGGAUGUUGGGCCAAUAAAGCCUCCUUCGGUUGAUUGUACCCCUUUCAAGGUAGUGAAGGACGUCAAGGAUUUGAAGGAGUUGGCUGCCAAGCUGCAUGCUGUUAAAGAAUUUGCGGUGGAUCUGGAACAUAAUCAGUAUCGGUCUUUUCAAGGAAUGACUUGCUUGAUGCAAAUCUCAACCAGGACUGAAGAUUUUGCGAUAGACACUCUGAAGCUGCGUAUCCAUGUUGGGCCUUAUCUAAGGGAAGUUUUCAAAGAUCAUGCCAAGAGAAAGGUUAUGCAUGGAGCAGAUCGAGACGUACUGUGGCUUCAAAGGGAUUUUGGCAUUUACAUUUGUAAUUUAUUUGACACUGGCCAGGCCUCAAGAGUAUUAAAAUUGGAAAGAAACAGUUUGGAGUACCUUCUACAUCAUUAUUGUGGAGUUACUGCAAACAAAGAAUACCAGCAUGCAGAUUGGAGACUACGUCCUCUUCCUAAUCAGAUGCUUAGAUAUGCCAGAGAAGAUACCCACUAUCUGCUGUAUAUAUAUGACUUAAUGAGAAUGAAGUUAUUUGGAUUGUCCAAAGACCCUCAAAAUUCUGAUAAUCCUCUGCUGGAGGUGUACAAGCUCAGUUAUGAUGUGUGCAUGCAGCUAUAUGAGAAAGAGCUACUGACUGAGAACUCCUUCCUAUACAUAUAUGGGUUGCAUGGGGCUGGUUUUAAUGCUCAGCAAUUGGCUGUUGUUUCAGGGCUUUAUCAAUGGCGGGAUAUUGUUGCUCGUGCAGAGGAUGAGAGCACUGGCUAUGUAUUGCCAAAUAAAACUCUUCUGGAAAUUGCUAAGCAGAUGCCUGUUACGAAAGGAAAACUACAAAAAUUGAUGAAGUCAAAGCACCCAUAUGUUGAGCGCAACUAUGAUAGCAUUGUCAGCAUCAUUAUGCAUUCUCUGCAAAAUGCUUCUGCCUUUGAAGCAGUUGCACAAAAAUUGGAAGAGGAACGCGGCACAACUGCAUUAGGUGAUAUACACGAUAAUUACAGAGCCGAAGCUCCCAUACUUAAAAUGCCUAACUUAAAUGUUGCAAAUGCAAGAAAAGAAAGUAUUGGAGUUGAAAGUGCCAAAUCACCAUUUUCUUCUGCCCUGAAAAAGGAUACUCUUCAGCAUCAAAAUAAAUCUGGACAACUUAAAUUUGAAUCAAAUAGUCCUACUUCAGAAUUUCCUCAUGGAACUCUCAAUAUUUCUCGACAGAACAAGGGAGCUAACUCCGGCAUUCCCUCUACUGCAAAGGUUAUAAGAAUUAUAUUUAUUUCUUGGCUCAAUAUUUUGUCCUCUAAGAAGGAGCACCAAUUUAACUGUUAG